AUGGCAAAUUUGAUGACAGUGGCACCAAAGCCAAAAAGCUUUCUGGGCUAUCAUCGGCAGCUUGCCCCGAAUGCUGCUGUCAAAGUCAGCCCGCUCUGCCUCGGAACGAUGGGCUUCGGCACAGUGUUCAAAGACAUGAUGGGGGCAUGUGACAAGGAAGCCUCCUUUGAGCUUCUCGAUUUCUUCUACGAUAAUGGAGGAAACUUCAUUGACACUGCAAAUGUUUACCAGAAUGGGGAAUCGGAGAAGAUUGUUGGCGAUUGGAUGAAAGAACGUGGCAACCGUGAUGAAAUCGUUCUUGCUACAAAGUAUACUUCGUCUUACCAGCUGCUUAACCCAAAGGUCAGCAUUCAGUCCAACUUUGGGGGUAAUAACAAGAAGAGCAUGCGUUCGGCUUUUGAAUCAAGCUUGGCUAGACUUCAGACCUCCUACAUUGACUAUUUUUACGUCCAUACGUGGGACUUCACCACUAGCAUCCCAGAGCUCAUGCAUGCUCUUAACGAUCUCGUUUCGUCCGGAAAGGUCCUCUAUCUUGGCGUCUCAAAUACACCCGCUUGGGUGGUGUCGAUGGCCAACGAGUAUGCGCGACAGAAGGGGCUCACCCCGUUCUCUGUCUAUCAGGGACAGUGGUCCCUGGCCGAACGCGACAUCGAACGUGAGAUUCUUCCCAUGUGCAAUGACCAGGGCAUGGCACUGAUCCCGUAUGGCGUCUUGGGAUCCGGAUCAUUCCGGACUACUCCUCAAAGACAGGCAGAGCGAGAGAAUCCCGAAGCAAAGAGAGAAGGCCGCAAUAUUGCAAUGACUGACAAGCCAGAGAAAGCCAUCGUUGCAGAUGCUCUGGAGAAAAUUGCCUUGGAGAGAGGCACUAAUAUCACCAGCGUUGCUCUUGCGUGGGCUAGAACCAAAGGCCCCUACAUUUUCCCCGUGGUGGGUGGACGCAAGAUUGAGCACUUGAGGGGUAGCAUCGAGGCCUUGGGGCUUGAACUAACGAAGGAGGAGAUUGUCGAUAUCGAAAAGGCUGUCCCGUUUGAUUUUGGGUAUCCGCAGACGAUUCUCGGCGGUCCUGGAGGGGCGACGAAGCCAGGCGAUGUCUGGAUGACUCGUAGGUUCGGCACGUUUGACUGGGUAGCUCCUCCCGAGCCACCGAAGCAGCAUGUCAAUUGA